AUGAACCCCACAACCCUCUGUGUCCUGGGGCUACAGGAGCCAACGGAGAAGUAAGUCAUGGGCUUCCACCCCUGGUCUGACAUGACGCUGCCACUCAUGUCAGUCCCUGAGAUCCAUGCUGUUGGCGAUGCAUGGGCCUCUGUCACAGAGGAGCUGGGGGCCCAGUUCCCUUGGGUGCAGAUCUUUGAUAACAAUGGAGCCAUGAUGGGCUGUUCCAAUCCCCACCCCCACUGCCAGGUGUGGGCCAGCAGUUUCCUGCCAGAUAUUGCCCAGCGUGAGGAGCAGUCUCAGCAGGCCUAUCAGAAUCACCAUGGAGAACCUUUGCUAAUGGAGUAUGACCACCAGGAACUGCUCAGGAAGGAACGUCUGGUCCUAACCAGUGAGCACUGAUUAGUGCUGGUUCCCUUCUGGGCAGUGUGGCCCUUCCAGUCACUGCUGUUGCCCGGUUGGCAUGUGCGUCGGCUGCCUGAGCUGACCUCCUCUGAGUAUGAUGCUCUAGCCUCUGUCACGAAGAAGCUCUUGACCAAGUACGACAACCUAUUUGAAACUUCCUUUCCCUACUCCAUGGGCUGGCAUGGGGCUCCCACAGGAUCAGAGGCCAAGGCUGACUGGGAUCACUGGCAACUGCAUGCUCAUUACUACCCACUCCUGCGCUCUGCCACUGUCCGGAAAUUCAUGGUUGGCUUUGAAAUGCUGGCCCAGGCUCAGAGGGACCUAACCCCUGAGCAGCACCGGGGGCUGCUCCUGGCAGGCACGCAUGGAAGGUGCUGGCUCAGUAUUAACUGCUGCAAGCCAAGCCUUGGUGUCCUCAUCGAUGAAAUGGAGGAGCUGCUCUCUGGCCGGCUCCCGCCGCCGCCCCCCUACCUGGCCCACUGCCCACGAAGCCCCCGCAGUGCACUGGCAACAACAGGGCUUAACCCGUGCAACUCCUACCAGGCCGAAGCCAACCUCUGGGCCCAUCUUGCCCUUGAUGGCGAGCAGCAGGUUGGCCCGCGCCAUCGUGCAGGAGGGAGCUUUUGGCGUGCCCGCUGGCGGGGCGCGGGGGCGGCUCGGGGGGCGGCCAUCUCGGCUGGCUCUGUGCUGCCACCUCUCUGCCGGAGUACCCCAGAGAGCUCCGUCACCAGCCUGCACGUGGUGCUGGAGGCACAGAAUGGCUCACGCCUGCCCCCCGCGGCUGGGGACCUGCUGGUCAUUCAUUGGGAAAAGAAAAGCCAAGUUCAGGGUCCUGCUCUGGCGCCUGUGCGGGCGCGCCCUCUUCCGGCCACGCGGAAGCGCCGGACCCACCCCGGGGACGCGCCACGUGAUCUGGUUGCAGACUUCGCUGGCGAGGCCGACGCCCCUCGCACCCCCUGGGCCAGCUCCAUCGUGGCGCUCAGGGCUGCUCUUAAUCCGGAAAUCCAGGAGGGAGCUCUUUCAGACAACCCAGAGAUUCCCUAG